CUGGAGGAAGGACACACGGGACGUCUGGAGCGCACCGAGGACCUGUGGUUGCGAGUGAGGAAGGACCACGCCCCCCGGCUGGCCCGCCUGUCUCUGGAGAGCCGCUCCCUCAGGGAUGUGCUGCUGCACGGCAAGCCUAAGCUGGGCCGAGAGUUGGGCCGCGGUCAGUACGGCGUGGUGUACCUGUGUGACAGCUGGGGCGGACACUACCCGUGUGCCCUGAAGUCUGUGGUCCCGCCUGAUGAUAAACACUGGAACGACCUGGCUCUGGAAUUUCACUACACAAGGUCCCUGCCGAAGCACGAGCGGCUGGUGGACCUGCACGGCUCGGUGAUCGAUCACACCUACGGGGGGGGGUCCAGCAUCGCCGUGCUGCUCAUCAUGGAGCGGCUGCACAGAGACCUCUACACAGGCCUCAAGGCUGGUCUAUCACUGAAGGAGAGGCUUCUCAUCGCUCUGGACGUGGUGGAGGGGAUCCGCUUCCUGCAUGGUCAGGGCCUCUUGCACAGAGACAUAAAGCUAAAGAACGUUCUGUUAGACAAACAAAAUCGUGCAAAGAUAACGGACCUGGGCUUCUGUAAACCAGAGGCCAUGAUGUCCGGCAGCAUCGUAGGAACGCCCAUCCACAUGGCCCCGGAGCUUUUUACAGGAAAGUACGAUAACUCUGUUGAUGUUUACGCCUUCGGGAUCCUCUUCUGGUACCUCUGCACUGGUUCAGUCAAACUCCCAGAAUCCUUUGAGAAAUGCGCCAGCAAGGACCAGCUCUGGAAUAACGUUAAAAAAGGUCAGACACGAAGCGUGCCAGAGCUGUUUGGCAUUAAAUAAUCACCAAACAACACUAAACAUUGCUGUAGGUAUAAAGACAUUCUAUAAACUAUACUUUUACAAUUGAGUUUAUAAAGGCUUGAAAGAUGGAAAUAUAUUCUGUGCUUGAAUUGAG